CUCCCAUUCUAACUAGCUCUCCCUUCUCUCUUCCUUCUUCUCUUCUCUCUCCAUCUCUCCUCCGCGAGAGAGAUUUGAGAGGGGAAAUCGGUAUUGCGCUCUCGGAAUCUAGAUAGCAUUGCUUUGGGCGAUUGAGUUGGAUAGACUCGCAGGAUCUAAGGAUGAUGGGGCCGAGCCCAAUGCUCGUCUUCUUUGUGGGUGUGACACUGGCCGCUCUCGCGGGCGCCAAUGAGCCGCCGGUUUACAAGUACGCUUCCCCGCCACCGCCGACAUACUACUACAAAUCCCCGCCUCCACCGGUGUACAAAUACAAGUCCCCGCCCCCGCCCGUCUACUCGCCGCCGCCGCCGGUGUACAAAUACAAAUCCCCGCCACCGCCGGUGUACUCGCCACCUCCGCCCGUCUACAAAUACAAAUCCCCACCACCGCCCGUGUACUCGCCUCCUCCUCCAGUGUACAAGUACAAAUCUCCACCUCCACCGGUUUACAGCCCACCACCACCGGUUUACAAAUACAAGUCUCCACCACCACCGGUCUACAGCCCACCACCACCAGUGUACAAAUACAAGUCUCCACCACCACCGGUCUACAGCCCACCACCACCAGUGUACAAGUACAAAUCCCCACCACCUCCGGUUUACAGCCCACCUCCACCAGUUUACAAAUACAAGUCUCCGCCACCUCCGGUUUACUCCCCACCACCUCCAGUGUACAAGUACAAAUCUCCACCACCUCCGGUUUACAGCCCACCACCACCGGUUUACAAGUACAAAUCUCCCCCACCUCCGGUUUACAGCCCACCACCACCGGUUUACAAGUACAAAUCUCCCCCACCUCCGGUUUACAGCCCACCACCACCGGUUUACAAAUACAAGUCUCCACCACCUCCGGUUUACUCCCCACCACCUCCAGUGUACAAGUACAAAUCCCCACCUCCGCCAGUGUAUUCUCCACCGCCUCCGGUGUACAAGUACAAAUCCCCGCCACCUCCAUACCACUACUAAGCGCAUAAGAACAAUGAUCUUUCCGUUGCAAUCUGGAAAUAUUUGAGCGAGCGCAUGCAAUUGCUGCUUUUCUUGCUCGGCCAAUGUUCGAUGAUCUUGUCUGAGCGGGUUAUUUUGAUCAUAUGGAAUAAAUAAAAAGCAAUUUUCUGAGUGUC